AUGCGAUAUGCGACAAAACAUCCAUCUAUUGUUGAUGCUUUAGUUUUGAUUAAUCCAAUUUCACAAAAGGCUGGGUGGAUCGAAUGGUUUUACCAAAAGGUUUUUUUAGUUUUUUUUCAAUUAAUGUGGAACACCCUUAUUUAUUUUGAAUUUUAUUUGGCCAUCGGGACGAGGAGCUGCCCAAUCGAUGCCCCCUAUUUAGUAUACCCCUCGGUAUUAGAGAUCGUGAUUUUUGAAAAGCUUGGGCCUGUUCUUAGGCUUUGGGUUUGA